ACCAAAGAAGAGAAGGAAGUGCCAGAGUUAUACAGGGAUAUCCCCUGUAGUUCUUGAAUUGUAAACAAUACUUAUUUCACGUUAUUUUUUACAGAAUUAAGUGAAAUGUCAUCUGAUGAUUCUGAUGAUGAACCGCUAUCAAAACUGGCUGUGAAGAAAACAGACCAAGAUAGUUCCUAUGAGGCGACUACUUCGGAAGAGAAUGACGACGAAUACAUACCGAAUAAAAAACGGAAAACUAAUAAAAAGAAGGUGGUUUCCAGACCCAAAAUUUCUAUAACAAUAAGACGCAGAGACAGAAGAGAACAUGUACCUGACAUAAUAGAGCGUCCUACAGAUGUAUGGUUGUAUAUGAAAGAUUUGAAUCAAGCUGGACCAUUUAGUUGCUUGCUGUGUUCAGAAUGGUUUAUUAACAGGACAAAAAUGAUAGUGCACUAUGUACUAAAUCAUAAGAAAGACUUUUGUGGUAUCUGCAGAUAUUUUGUUCCCGACCGGGCAACAUGGUUAGAACAUGUAAAGUUUCAUAUACCAUGGCCAUGCUCUCAAUGUGUGGAGAACUUUGAAACUGAAGAAGAACUACGUCAGCACCUCAGUGCUGUUCAUAACUUAGUUCACUGCAGACUAUGCCACUUCAGAUUGCCUGAUAAUGACGAAUAUAAUGCUCACCUAUUCCAAAAGCAUAAUGUAACCAAUGUGAACACGAAAUAUGAAGAAUUGUUGUGGGAUUAUGAUGGCGGUCCCACAUUUCUUUGUCUGCUCUGUUCUAAAUCCAAUAACCAGGUAGAAGCAUUCUUUAGCCACUACAUGGGUUUUCACCAUUUCACUCUUCAUUGCUUCUCGAGGUUUAUUUCUGGCAAAGAUCCACCAUUUGCUAUAUUUGGAGCUCAAGUCAGCACUCAAUUUAUAGAGAGUCAGUUGAAAACUCAAGAACGGUUUGGAUAUGUGGAGUUAGACAAUAAACAGACUGAAAUGCAAGAUGUGGAAAGCAGCGAUGCUCAGGCUUUGCUUAAGGCUCUUAUACCAGAAAUUAAACAAGAAAAUGUCAGUGAUGAUGAAGAAAAAGCAGAUGGAGCUAAAGGAAAUGAAGGAAUAGAUGAACACCGUAAUGAGAUUCUGAAAUCAUAUAAAGGGGAUGAAGAUUUUGAUGUCACUCUAGUUGAGUUGGUUAUUAUGGAGAAAAGUUAUGUUGAAUAUAUUAACCAUACAUUACUUGAUAUGAAUGCAAAUGUUGUGCCCGAAGUAUCAGAUAUUGAAUAUGAUUCCAUAAAAGCGGAGUUUCCAUCAGAAGUAACUUGUGGACUGUGCAGCACUAGACAUAACGCACCAUACAAAUUCACCGCACAUAUGAACAAAAUGCACUCAAUUAAGUCUUUACCAGUAUAUUGUUGCAGGGUGUGCGCAACUACUUUUGAAAGUAAGAAUGAGCUUGAGUCUCAUAUAAACGAGGAGCUUGGUGAAUUCGAUGAUUUGUGGAUCUGUCAGUUUUGCGACAAGGAAUUUGACAACCGAGAAACGACAAGACGCCACUUGAAUGAGCAUAUUGAUGAAUUGGAGUUUGACAAUUGUUUCAGUCCACAUUUAGGCUUCAAGUGCCGCUAUUGUCCCAUGUUGUUCUGGAACGAGCCAGACAGGGAGUCCCAUCAAGUGCGAGUUCACUUUGAGAACAAUAUUGAAGAUUAUUACAAAUGUCAAGAUUGUUCAGAAACUUUUAGUGAUAAGGUGUUCUUUGUUCACCACUACUAUGAGAAGCAUCAGAGCACAGAAUUGGAGCCACCCACUUACCUCUUCAAGUGUUGCCGCUGUUGCCAAGUGCUGCCCUCUAUAGACGACAUGCGGAAUCAUUUCAAUGAGAACCAUCCGGAAGCCAGGAAGAUAUUCUGCUCGUUCGACUCUUGCAUGUACAAACCGCUGAGCCAAAUGAAAACUUUUAAGUAUCAUUUGAAGUUAGUCCACGCGUCCGGCAACCGAGUGCCGCGCAAGAUCAGCUGCACUCUGUGCGGCCGCGAGUUCCCCAACUCGCGCGCAUGCAGCACGCACAUGGCGCAGGCGCACGGGCCCGGACGGUUCAAGUGUAAACUGUGCGGAGAUCUCAUGCAUACCUUGGAUGAGAGGAAGCUCCAUUACCUUUUGCGUCAUCCCGGUCGGCACCCGUACGAAUGCAAGGAGUGCGGGAAAUCCUUCCAAUACAAGUCCUCGCUGUACAUGCACAAACAGGAGCAUGUACCAAACAAAAAGAUCUACAAGUGCGACGAGUGUGGAAAGACUUUCUUGAAAAGGGAUUCUUUUCGCGAACAUCAGAUGAUUCACGAGGGGCCGCGACACGCUUGUUCCUACUGUCCGAUGCGUUUCGUUCAACGCUCGAACAUGUUGCGACACGAACGGAGACACACGGGCGAGAGGCCGUAUGCGUGUCAGCAUUGCCCUCGAACAUUCGCUGAUAAAGGAGCGUGCACUUCGCAUUCUAGAACACAUUCCAAACAAACUUCCUUCGCCUGUCUGUAUUGCGGACAGACAUUCGUGCAGAAAUCUAAGCUGACGUAUCAUAUAAGAAAACAUACUGGAGAGAAUCUGGAGACUUGUCCGGUCUGCUCCAAGCUGUUCACCAGCGGUUGUUCCCUGAGGGAGCAUAUGAAGAUUCACGAUGCCAAGAAAGGAUCCAUCAAGUGUCCAUUAUGUGACAAGCGCUACCAAGACGAGCGCUACAUGCUGCGCCACUUGCGCAUCAACCACACGAGCGCGCAGUACCCGUGCCCCGUCUGCGGCAAGGCGUUCGCCACGUGCACCAGUCUCAAGUAUCACGUGAUCACGCAUAGUGCCGUCAACACGUUUAAGUGCAAAAUCUGUCCGAAAUCCUACGCGGCGAAGAAAUCCAUACUCAAACAUCUCCGCAAACGACAUGGCUUACGAGAAGCCGUGGUCAACCUCAAAGAUUUCUACAGCCGUGUGGAUCCGAGAGAUUGCGAGUUGGGCCUCGACGAAGAUACCAUGACCAAAAUAUUCGGACCUCCGAACAAAAACCAACUGAUAAUCUCGGACAAUUUGAAUGUUAAUGAGAAAGGUGAGACUUCAUGCGAGAAAUCCCACGAAGUGCUGAUAAAGAAUGAAGUGCCGAGCGAGCCUGAGGAGGAACUGGAGCCGACUGAUUUCGUCAGCAUUAAGAUAGAGCAGUGUGCUGAAGAUGAUUAGAUAAUAAAUAGCUUGGAAUAUGAUAUUAAAUAGUUAUGGUAUGAAUUUUCGUCGUCACAUUUUCAUUGAAUUAUUACACUUUGGUAAUGUGUGACGUGUUAUAAGAGUUACAUACAUACAUACAUAAAAUCACGCCUCUUUCCCGGAGGGGUAGGCAGAGACUACCUUUUUCCACUUGCCACGAUCUCUGCAUACUUCCUUUGCUUCAUCUACAUUCAUAACUCUCUUCAUGCAAGCUCGGCGGUUUCGGGUACUUUUGACCUGACCCUUUACCAGGACGUCCUUAAUUUGAUCAAGAUACGUUCGUCUAGGUCUUCCCACUCCGACCUUUCCCUCCACACUCUCCAUGUAUAUCUGCUAACCUGUUUUCAUUCAUCCUCUCCACAUGACCGAACCAUCUCAACAUACCCUUUUCUAUUCCUGUAACUACAUCUUCUUUCACAUCACAACAUUCCCUUAUCACGCUGUUCCUUAUCCGGUCACUCAAUUUCACACCCAACAUACUUCUUAACGCUCUCAUUUCCACUGCAUUUAUUCUGCUUUCGUGCUUCUUUUGCCAUACCCAACUUUCACUCCCAUACAUUAAUGUCGGGACCAACACGCCCCUGUGCACAGCCAGUCGAGCCUUUUUGGAUAGUUUCUGACUGCUCAUAAAGGCAUGCAAAGCUCCAUUCACCAUGUUCCCCGCGUUCACUCUCCUUUCAAUAUCACUAUCACACUUGCCAUCUGAUGUAAACUUUGAUCCUAGAUAUACAAACUCUUUCACUUGCUCAACUUUUUCUCCUCCAAUCAAAAUAUUACAUGCUGUCAUUUCAUCAAUUGUCAUGCUGUUAUAAGAGUUGAUGUUUAUAAUUAAGGUUAUUUAUCAGAGUUAUUAAGUAGAAAGAAAUAGAAUCAGAAUUUACAUUUGGAUACCCUCCUGGCCUUGACUUUCCUAAAAGUCAUUUAAAACAGGCAGCGAUUAAGACCCGCUUCAGACCAGUUCCUGCGACGGGAUACCUUAUUUACGACCGUAUCUUCUAUCUCUUUCUAUCCCUCCAGUUAACCUUAAAGCUAGAAAGAGAGGGAAUCAUGACGAUCUCAACACAAUAUAUAUUUAAUGAAAUAGAUUUGAAAAGAUGUCAGAUGAUACUGUUGGCUCUGUCUGCUUUGUAUAUAAGAGGUAACGAUAUAUGUAUGUUUGCCUUCAUUGAUGGCAGUGUUACAGAUGUAGAAUAUAACCUAUAGGUAUUUAGUGCAAUUUUAGACUAUGAAUAAAUGUCU